AAGAUGGCGACCAUGGAAGGUCCGUUGAGUAAAUGGACUAAUGUUAUGAAAGGAUGGCAGUAUCGUUGGUUUGUUUUAGACGAAAAUUCCGGUCUUUUGUCUUAUUAUACAUCCAAAGAGAAAAUGAUGAGAGGAACAAGAAGAGGCUGUGUUGUUUUAAAGGGGGCUGUGAUAGGGAUAGAUGAUGAAGAUGAUAGUACCUUCACUAUUACAGUUGAUCAUAAAACAUUUCAUUUUCAAGCCAGAGAUGCAGAUGAACGUGAAAGAUGGAUUGAAGGCUUAGAAAAUACAGUACUUCGGCAUUCUCAUAUAGCUACAAAGAAUGAGAAUCAAGUACAAUGUCGUAUUGAAGAUUUUGAUAACAAGUUAAUGGAAACAGAUGCUUAUUUACAACUUCUUAUAGAACAAGUAGAGACAAUAGAAGCUAAAAUAGAAGCCUGUCCAGAUGAAGCAUCUAAAGAAAAAUAUAACCUGAUUAAAGUUACAGCUACAGACAUGAUAGAAGCCAUAAAACAUUCCAUUAUGAUGUUACAGAUAUCAAAAGAGAGUUUAAAAGAGCCAGUUAUCAAUUCUGCAUUUACUCCUAUAACACAGACGGCUAACUUUUCACAUUUUGGUUCACCAAAACCUGGAGGUACGAAAACAUCACUAUCUAGUGAAAAUAUAGAUAAAACUAGUGAUAUAGUACCGGAAGAUACUUUAGUUACUUCAACUACCAGUGUAUCUUUACCUAAUUUAUCUACACCAGUGAUAUCAUCAGUUGUUCCAGUAGAUGGCGCUGGUAUAGCAGAACCCAUUGUACAAUCUGAAUUACAAAUACCAUUACCAAUACCAGAAACACAUCCAACUACCUCUUAUUCUAGUAGUGAUGAUGAUGAUGAAUUCUAUGAUGCAGAAGAUCAAAAAUCAUCAGCUAAAAAUUCACCAGAACAUGAAUUAGAUAAACUAAAAGUAGAUAAUACUGGUAAUAAUUUAGAGGAUGGACCAUCUUCACCCCCAGUUAUUACAUCUCAAGAUGAUUUCUUUGAUGAAUUAUAUGAUGAAAUGGAUACAGAAGAUUUGGGAUCAUUAGAACAACAUGGCAGUAUUAUAACUCAUCUCCUAUCACAAGUUCGUAUUGGUAUGGAUUUAACUAAAGUUGUUUUACCAACAUUUAUAUUAGAAAGAAGAUCAUUGUUAGAAAUGUUUGCUGAUUUCUUUGCUCAUCCUGAUUUAUUCCUUAAGGUAGUGGAAUUAAAAACACCUCGAGAAAGAAUGAUACAGAUAGUUAGAUGGUAUUUAUCAGCGUUUCAUGCUGGCCGACCAAGUGAAGUAGCUAAGAAACCAUAUAAUCCUAUAUUAGGAGAAACAUUUCUAUGUGAAUGGAGAAUGCCAGAUGAAGACUAUAGUAAAAGUGAGAAAGUAGAACAAGGACCGUUAGAAUACGCCACAAAAGACAACUUAGCUUUUAUAGCAGAACAAGUUUCACAUCAUCCUCCAAUUUCUGCAUUCUACGCAGAACAUUUUAACAAAAGGAUCACAUUAGAUGGUUAUAUAUGGACCAAAUCCAAGUUUUUAGGAUUAUCUAUUGGUGUACAUAUGAUAGGUCAGGCUGUUGUAUCAGUAUUAGAUUUAGAUGAACAUUAUACUAUAACAUUCCCUAAUGGAUAUGGCAGGUCUAUAUUAACUGUACCAUGGGUAGAAUUAGGUGGUAAAUGUCAUAUUAAUUGUGCUAAAACAGGUUUUAAUGCUACAAUUGAUUUCCAUACGAAGCCAUUUUAUGGUGGAAAGAAACAUCAGAUAUCAGGUCAGAUUUAUGAUCCUAAUGAAAAAAAACCAAUUGUAACAGUAAAUGGUGAAUGGAAUGGAGUUAUGUAUGCUAAAUAUGAUAAUGGGCAAACAGAAACAUUUGUCGACACGAAAAAUCUUCCAAUAAUCAAAAAACGUGUACAACCUAGAGAGACGCAGGAUGAAUAUGAAUCAAGAAGGUUAUGGCAGGAUGUUACAAAACAUCUAAAAUAUAGAAAUGUUGUGGAGGCGACUGAAGGUAAACAUAGAUUAGAACAAAGACAAAGAGAGGAAGCCAAGGAAAGGAAAGAAAAGGGAAUCAAAUGGGAAACUAAAAAAUUCCAUGAAGUAGGUGAACACUGGGUAUAUGAUCAUCCCCUUGUUACAAGAUUAAAACAUGCUGGAACUCAAAAUACUAUAUCAUGAUCUAUGACUUAAUUCUCUACAACCUCCUGGAGUAUUAAAACAGACUAGCUAUGAGCAUACAUUCAGUGAUGAUAACUUUAAGAUAAUAAGCUCAAGAUAAUAUAGACCAGGUCAUGGGAAACAUCAUUUAAAGUGAUACAUAGUGUAACCAUGGAUUAUAUAUUUUGUGCAAUGAUGUGAUUUAAAUCUUAAAAAAAGAUUUGUGUUUCUGUUAUUUUUCUUAGCAUACAUAUCUACAGGACAGUUAAGAAUGUUCUCCAGUCCAUUCAAUAGAUACUAUGUGGGAUUUUAGGAAGAGAUCACAUUAUUGGUAAAUAGAUCUUGUGAUAUCUUUAAUAUAUACAGUUAGUGACAGAUGUGAUAAAAAUAUAGCUGUCUCUUUCAGUGAAUCUUGUUAUCAAACUUUAGAUCAGAUCAUUUAGUUAAAGAGUUAAAAUCUUGUGAUGUCAAAGUCUUUAUUUUCUCAUUAUUCAAGUCUACUUAAAGAGUCAGCUGACAGAUAAUCCAGAAAGGUCAAUGCCAGGCUUGGCCAAAAACUAGCUGGUAGACAGGAUUCAAGAAUUUUUAUAGUAUGGAGGAUUCGAAAAAUAAAAAUCUUCACAGUUGUAUAAUUGUGUUGGUCAUUUUUGGAACAAGUCUUUCUCUAAAUAUGUUACAAAUCUUACACAGACAUAUGAAUUGGCACCCAAAUCUUGCAGUGGUUAUUAUAGAGUAAACCUCACAUAUCAGUGAUUUCUUGAAAGUCCUUCAAACAUCUUGAUAAAAGUUAGCUUGUAAGUUUUUACUGUGUAUCUUGUAUGGUGAAAUUUGUUAUCAUUACAAAUGAAUUGUUAUAAAUAUUAAUUUUUAUUCAGAUAUUUAUUUAUUUAUUAUAGUGUAAAGGAAUUCCUGAUAUAAAAUCAUGAUUUAUGUAAAUUAUUGUCUUUGUUCUUUUAACUUUUAAUGAAAAUGAAAGAUUU